AUGUCGACUACAAACAAAAAUAAUUUAAAAACAAAUUCUUAUACGGUAUCAGAUUUAUUAUCUAAAAUUUCUUCUUUAAUAGAUACAUGUGAUUAUCAGUUAGCCUUACAAUUUGCUAAAAGGGCUUUGAGUAUGGAAAGUAAUAAUAUUAUGGUUUUAGAAGUUUUGGGAAUGGUGGAAAUAGAAUUAGGAAUGUUCGAUGAAGCUAAAGAGCAUUUUUUAAAAGCCAUUUCAAUAAAUCCGAAUCAAGGAUAUUCAAAAUAUAUGUACAUGGGUCAAUUAUGUGAAGGUCUAGAAGCUAUUAAAAAUUUUCAAUGUGGUGUUAAUUUAAUGAUUGACGAACAUAAAUCAAUUACUUCCAAUAAGUUGUCAUCAUCACAAGAUUCGCAUGAAUCUUUAAACCAUAAAAUUUCUACAGCAUUAUGUUCAAUGAUUGAAAUCUAUUUGACUGACUAUGCUGAAUCGAAAUGUGAAGAAUAUUUAAAUAAAGCUUUGGAAAUCGAUCCAACAAAUCCUGAAGUUUAUCAAUUAUUAGCUUCAGUUAGGCUUUCUCAGCAAAGAAAUGAUGAAGCAAAAAUUGCUUUGGAAAAAAGUUUAAGUUCAUGGAUCAAUUUGGAACCGGGUGAUCCAUCAAUACCUUCUUAUGAUACCCGAAUAUCUUUAGUAAAAUUACUCCUUGAACUUUCCCAAUAUACCCAAGCACUUUCUGUUCUUGAAAUUUUGCAAAAAGAAGAUGAUCAAGUAGUCGAAAUAUGGUAUCUUUAUGGAUGGUGUUAUUAUUGUAUGGGUCAAGACUCGUUGCAAAAUAAGGAAAAUCAGUUAGCCUACUGGGAAGAUGCCCGUGAUUGUUUGAUUACUUGUGAAAAGUUAUAUCAUAAGAUUGAAUCAGAUGAUGAAGGCAUCUUACAACAUACACAAGAGAUCUUACAAACCAUCAAUUCCCUG